AUGGAGAGGCGGCACAGACAGAGGCACUGGAUGRGACCCCUGGCAGGGCUGCUGUGCGCUUGGCUGCUCUCSUGGGGCUGCCGGGCGGCGCCGGAGCGGCUGCGCUAUGCGAUUCCSGAGGAAAUGGAGARSGGCKCCGUGGUGGGGCCGCUGGCGCGGGACCUGGGGCUGAGCCCGGCAGACCUGCCCKCACGGCAGCUGCGGAUCAGCUCGGAGAAGCACUACUUCGCGGUGAGCRCGGACAMGGGGCACCUGUACGUGAGCGARCGUCUGGACCGCGAGSAGAUGUGCGGUGASUCGGYGUCCUGCUCGGUCAGUCUCGARGYGGUSGURCAGAACCCKCUCAAYGUUUUCCACGUCGACGURGAYAUCCAGGACAUCAAUGACAACUCCCCRGUMUUCAGCRAGGCUGCUMUCGAWCUGGCGRUCGGGGAAUURAUCCUUCCUGGUGCGCGAUUUCCSCUSSAGAURGCRCAAGAUCCGGAUGUGGGAAGCAAUUCAAUGCUAAACUACCAGCUCACCGAAAACCCCUCCUUCAGGCUGGAAGUGAAGGARASMCCARRYGGMARSARGCAGCCYGARCUSGUGUUASAAGCAGSUUUGGAUCGCGAGAAGCAGAGCUCGUUUSARAUGGURYUGACGGCGGUGGACGGCGGGUCUCCAGCGAGGUCGGGCACUGUCCAGAUUCGCAUCAACGUGACAGACGCSAACGACAACGCGCCCGUGUUCAGCMAAAGCAGCUACGAGGCGCGAGUGCGGGAGAAUGUGSCRACGGGYUCGCUGGUGCUGCAGGUUCGAGCCACGGACGCRGAUGCGGGCUCCAACGSACGAGUCUYCUACUCCUUCAGCAAYGUGCCCGACGCYGUCCGCGCUGUKUUYAGCAUAGACAGCGAGAGYGGUGACAUCCGCAAURUSGGAAUUCUGGAUUUCGAGGAGCGGAAUAAAUACAMCUUUGRAGUMGMWGCRASRGACGGGGGMGGRUUGRGYGGUCASWGYMARGUACAYRUAGAGAUCACGGACGAGAACGACAACGCRCCCGAGAUAACGACGUUGUCUGUGUCGAGCUCRGUACCCGAGGACUCYCCGCCYGGCACCGUGGUUGCCCUCAUUAARGUUCGAGACCGGGACUCCGGCGAGAACGGGAAGGUGUGGUGCGAGCUGGARGGCGAGUCGCCGCUGUCGAUCGUGGCGUCGUCGGGCAGCUCGUACAAGGUGGUGACGGCGAGCGCGCUGGACAGGGAGCGUGCGUCCGAGCACAACGUGACGGUGGUGGCGAGCGACCGGGGCAUCCCGUCGCUGUCGAGCCGCACGGCGCUGUCGCUGUCCGUGUCGGACGUGAACGACAACGCGCCGGUGUUCGAGGAAGCCGCGUACAGCACAAUGAGCCGGUCGCCAGGACGAGCGCUGCUGUGCUGCGCCUUGGUGGCGGCGUGGGAGCUUGUGUACGGGCAGCUGCGCUACUCGGUGCCUGAGGAGAUGCCGAAGGGCUCCUUCGUGGGCGACGUGGCCAAGGACCUGGGGCUGGAGCUCUCGGCGCUCCGCGACCGCGGCGCCCAUGUCGUUUCCGAAGGUAGGAGACAGUAUUUUUCUUUUAACGAGAAGACCGGUCAUUUAGUGACGGCAGAACGCAUAGACAGGGAGCAGAUCUGUCGGGUAAUUGAAAAAUGCAUACUGCGCUGUGAGGUGUUACUCGAAGACGAAAUGAAGGUUUAUGCAAUCGAAGUGGUAGUGAGAGACAUUAACGACAACUCGCCCGUUUUCAAGGAAGUACAGAUAGAGGAAAAAAUAAGCGAGACAACAGCCCUGGGGUCGCGUUUUCCCCUAGCUGAAGCUCAUGAUGCAGACAGUGGAAAUAAUUCCCUACAGCGCUACGAGUUGAGCGGCAACGAACACUUCUCCCUAGCCAUCGAGACGACACUCGACGGGGAGAAACAUCCCGAGCUGCUUUUGGCGAAGGCGCUGGACAGAGAGGAAGCCGCUUAUCACGAACUGGUGCUGACGGCGGUGGACGGCGGCGAUCCACCACGGACGGGAACAGUGCGGAUCCGCGUGGUCGUGUUGGACGCGAACGACAACGCGCCCGUGUUCAGYCAGGAGGUGUACACGGUGCGUGUGAGGGAAGACGUUCCCGUGGGCUCCGUGCUGCUCACCCUCAGUGCCACCGAUGCCGACGACGGCACGAACAAAGAGGUGAAAUACUCAUUGAAGAAAAGCACGGACAUUGUAUCUCAGAUAUUCCACCUGAACGCAGAAAGCGGAGGGAUCACGCUGGUAAAGAGCCUGGACUUCGAGGAAGGUGACUCAUACGAUCUACAGGUGCAAGCGAAGGACGGUGGGGGUCUUUCAGACACGGCGAAAGUCUCGAUAACAGCUUCCAACAGAUAUAAUCAACUUGCUAGCCGUCAUUUGAGAUCGGGAGCUCGGGAUUUGAGGUCUCGCGAGCGCCGGAAGGAAGGGACGGAAAAUAAGAAACGGGAGAACGGAGCACAGAGCACAUUCCUGAGAAUGGAGAGGCGGAACAGGCAGAGGCACUGGAUGGGACCCCUUGCAGGGCUGUUUUGCGCUUGGCUGCUCUCCUGGGGCUGCUGGGCGGCGCCGGAGCGGCUGCGCUACGCGAUUCCCGAGGAAAUGAGCAGCGGCUCCGUGGUGGGGCCGCUGGCGCGGGACCUGGGACUGAGCCCGACAGACCUGCCCGCCCGGCAGCUGCGCAUCAGCUCGGAGAAGCACAACUUCGCGGUGAGUGCGGACACGGGGCACCUGUACGUGAGCGAGCGYCUGGACCGCGAGGAGAUGUGCGGGGACUCGGCGUCCUGCUCGGUCAGUCUCGAGGCGGUCGUGCAGAACCCGCUCAACGUUUUCCAUGUCGACGUGGACAUUCAGGACGUAAACGACAACUCCCCGGUCUUCAGUGAGGCUGCUCUCGAACUGGCGGUCGGGGAAUUAAUCCUUCCUGGUGCGCGAUUUCCGCUGGAGAUGGCGCAAGAUCCGGAUGUGGGAAGCAACUCGCUACUCAGCUACCAGCUCACCGAGAACCCCUCCUUCAGGCUGGAAGUGAAGGAGACGCCAAGUGGCAAGAGGCAGCCCGAACUCGUGUUAGAAGCAGCUUUGGAUCGCGAGAAGCAGAGCUCGUUUGAGAUGGUGCUGACGGCGGUGGACGGCGGGUCUCCAGCGAGGUCGGGCACUGUCCAGAUUCGCAUCAACGUGACAGACGCCAACGACAACGCGCCCGUGUUCAGCAAAAGCAGCUACGAGGCGCGAGUGCGGGAGAAUGUGGCGACGGGCUCGCUGGUGCUGCAGCUCGUGGUGCUGGUGAAGGACCACGGGCAGCCGGCGCUGUCGGCCACGGCCACGCUGCACGUGGUGCUGGCCGAGAGCUUGCAGGAGGCGCUGCCGGCGCUGAGCGAGCGCGCGGCGGGCGCCGAGGCGCCGUCGGACUUGCAGUUCUACCUGGUGCUGGCGCUCGCGCUGCUCUGCGCCUUGCUGGUGCUGAGCGUGGCGCUGGCCGUGGCGGCGCGGCUGCGGCGCGCCGGGCCGCCCGCCGUGCUGCGCUGCCUGCGCGCCGAGCGCUUCUCCGUGGGCGGCGCCGCCUUCCCGGCCGACUUCUGCGAGGGCACCUUGCCCUACUCGUACAACCUGUGCGUGGCGCCGGCACGCGCCGUGGCCGAGUGCGCUUUGGUGCCGGCGCCGCUGCCCAGCCGCGCCGUCGACGAUCUUCUCAGCGGGGACGCGCCCGCCACGCUCACGCCCGGCAGCAGCUGUGCCCCAGCAGAGCCCUCCUCAGAUCUCGACGCCAUGCAGCUUCCUGUAAAAGAUGAAAAUCCGUGUCUGGAUAAAGAUGGAAGUGUGAAAGGAAUGUUAUAG